AUGUCUACAAGAUUUUCUGUUUUCUAUAUUAUUGGGAUGAUGACUUUUUCUUUAAUUGUUAUUAUGAGUAUUGUUUAUAUGAUUGUUAAUCAAUCAAAUAAAGGUAUUAGAUUGAAUAAAGAAAUAAUAAUGAAGCAAAAAAUUAGAUCAACAUAUAAAGACAAACUAUUAGACUUAUCUCAUUUUAAUUAUGAUGAAGAAUGUGGAAAGCCAUUUAAAUAUAAACCGAACAAUAAAAGAGAUUUGUUAAUUUAUGGAGGAUAUUUUCCUGAUAAACAAAAAUGGUUAAAACAACGAGAAGUUAUAAUAAAUACCCUUUCAAUAAAUCAAAAUGGAAUUCCAAAUGCCACAAAAAUUUUGUUAUUAUGUGGAGAAGCUCCAGAAGCCAAUUUCACUUCAUUAAUGAAUUCAAAAGGGGUUGAAGUUGUUCCAGUGAAAAGUGAUUUAUUAUACAAUGGAGCAGUUCUAAGAUUUAUUGUGAUACAAAAAUAUCUUGAAGAAAACAAAGAAAAAUAUGAUAGAGUGUUUGUUGCUGAUCUAAGAGAUGUAUUUUUCUUUGCUGAUGGAUUUGCUACGUUUUCAGAUAGACAAUUAUAUUUAAGUUAUGAAUGUACUCGAAAUAACCGUGGUAUUCUAAGAUGUUUUACUUUGGACAUACGUGUUAAUAAAAGAUGGAUGAGUGAUAGUGUUGGUAAAGAUGUUGCAGAAUUAUACGCCGCAAAUAAAACAAGAAUUAUUAAUUCUGGAACAAUUUUUGGUGGCACUGAAAAGGUUCUUCAGUUACUUCAAAUUUAUACUUCUCAAUUCGAUUAUCAAAGAGUUCAUAUAUGGGGAUAUGAUCAAUCUUUACUAAACCAUAUGUAUUUUGCUGGAUAUUUCAAUUCAUUAAAUGUUACCAUGGCUACUUGUGAUCAAAUGUUCUGUUUUGAUAUGAGAAAUGGUUGUUAUUAUAAUAAAAAAGAAAAAUCAUUAUUUGUAAGAGGGACUAAGUGUUCCCCAAUUAUUAGACAUAAAAUUGUUUCCAAAAAUCCUUAUUUCUAUCUAUAUUGA